CACGUGACGCUCAAGGUCGCCGUGGACCGCUUCGGCGCCGUCGACGACCUGGGCGGCAAGUCCGGGCGCUUCACGUCGCCGGCGUCGCUCGACUGCGUGCACCGCCUGCGGCGCGGGUCCGACGCCGUGCUCGUCGGCGUCUCGACGGUGGCGCGCGACGACCCGUCGCUGACCGUGCGCCGCGUGGACCCCAUCGACGACGCGCAGCCGCUGCGCGUCAUCCUCGACCCGAACGGCCGCGCGCCGCGCGACGCCGCGCUGCUCACCGACGGCCUCCCGACGGCGGUCUUCUCCCGGGGCGACUUCGGCGCCGUCGACCCGGCCGUGGCCCUCGAGCCCUUCGGCGAGCUGCCGACCAUGCUCGACGCCCUGGAGCGCGACCACGGCGUCGCGCACCUCAUGGUCGAGGGCGGGCCGUUCACGGCGCGCGCGUUUCUCGCCGCGGGGCUCGUCGACCGCGCGGUCAUCGUCCGCGCGCCCGUC